CGGCCUCCCGCGGGGCGGCGGGGCCCCGAGCUCAGAGCGGCGGCGGCGGGGCUCGUCGGGAGCCCGCUCCGCCGGGCCAUGGCGAACAGCGGCUCCGCACCGGGGGGGUCGGGCUCGGCUUCGGCUUCGGGGUCGGGUACGGUGCUGCCCACCCGCUUCCAAGAGACCGAAAAGCUGCUGGCGGCCACCGAAGGCCGGGAGGAGAAGGGCCUCCGAGGCUCCAAAUCCUUUACGGCCGCUUUAGCCGGCGAGGCGGAGCGCAACGGGCACGGGCUCGCCUACAAGUCGGUGUCGGUCGGGCACCUGGAAGCGGCCCCGCUCUCGCCGUCCCGGCUCAGCCUGGGGAGAGCCUCCUCCACCGCCACCAGCACGGCGGCACCGGAGCAGGGCCGCCCGCGGGACUACCUGGUGCUCGCCAUCUUCUCCUGCUUCUGCCCCGUCUGGCCCAUCAACGUCGUAGCCCUCGUCUUUUCCAUCAUGUCAAGGAACAGCGGGCAGCAAGGGGACAUGGAUGGAGCCCGGCGACUCGGCCGCAUGGCCAGGCUGCUCAGCAUCGUCUCCAUUAUCCUGGGGACCAUCAUCAUCGUGCUCUACAUUUCACUCAGCGUCAGAGUUUCCUAGAAGACAGACAUUUUAGCAUGCAAACACCUCGAAGAGGAGGAAGACAACUUUCCUUUUGGGGUUUUUACUUUCAGCCUUGCAACAAAAAAUUGUCACAGUGUAGGUGGGCAGCCCUGGACAGCCUGCUCUGGAGCGCCGUCUGAAGGAACGCAUGCUUCUACUUCACCGCCUCUUGGAAAUGAGUUUGUACAAGUGAUGGGAUAAAAAACAUCGCAAGAAGGAAUGGGAAAGGACAUCGGACGCCGAGUGGAGAGGAGAAGGGGGAAAUCUACUACCUCAUUCCCCUCCAGCAAAACUCACGGAGUGGGGAGACAACUAAAGUACAAGAGGAGGAGAGAGUUUCAAGAGUGAAGCUUAUUUUAAAAGAAAAAUUUAAGGCGAGAACAGGACAUUUUGAAGAGUCCUAAGAAUUUUGGCACAAGUCACUGAAUUUUUGGGGGGUUGUUGGUUUUUAAAUCAUCAAAUUCUCUGUCUCUACAAAAAAACCAAAGCUCAAACUGCCAUCAGGAGCUGAGAGCUAUUCCACGGAGGAGAAGGGAGAGCAGAGCUGCAGCAGGACCAUGGCUCUGCUCCAAACAAAACGCAGCCGCAAAAGCUGGAGGAGGUGGGGGGGGUUUUUUUUUUUUUGA